CUCCUUAUUUGGUGACGAACUAAAACAACUUGUUUAUGAAUCUUAUUUAUUUAUAAAACUUGACCAUGUGUCUAUUUAUAAUCGGUGUAGUUUGCAAAGUAUUUAAAGGGCCGCCCGAUGAAUUAACAUUCAAACUUGUGAACGUGCAUUACAAGAAACUUGUAGCGGAAAAUUAAUACGGGUGCUGCAUAUUUAAGGACCGAUUUACACUUGAUACUGAAACUUCAAAUAAGUUCAUCGACAUGUCAACAAAAUACGACGAAGAUAUCGCCGGCGUCGUCAUCGACAACGGAAGUGGAAUGUGCAAGGCGGGUUUCGCCGGCGACGACGCUCCCCGCGCCGUAUUUCCGGCGAUCACAGGUCGCCCUCGUUACGACAUCGUGAUGGCGGGAAUGGGGGUCAAGGACACAUACAUCGGCGACGAAGCGCAGAGCAAACGCGGAAUCCUGUCGCUGCGAUAUCCGGUGGAGCACGGUGUCGUCACGAACUGGGACGAUAUGGAGAAAAUCUGGCACCACACGUUUUAUAACGAACUGCGAGUGGCGCCCGAAGACCAACCAGUUCUGCUCACGGAGGCGCCAUUGAAUCCUAAAGCUAAUCGUGAAAAGAUGACACAGAUCAUGUUCGAGACGUUCAACACACCGGCCUUUUACGUGUCAAUUCAAGCCGUCCUGUCUUUGUACGCUUCCGGCCGCACGACAGGCAUCGUAUUCGAUUCUGGUGACGGCGUGUCCCACGUUGUGCCGAUCUACGAGGGGUACGCUCUGCCGCACGCCAUAGAGCGGCUGAACCUGGCUGGAAGGGAUCUUACGGAAUAUCUGACAAGGAUCCUUAGUGAACGAGGAUACAACUUUAAAUCCUCAUCGGAAAAGGAAAUCGUCCGAGACAUUAAGGAGAAACUGUGUUACGCAGCCUUGGACUUCGAGCAAGAAAUGGAAGUCGCUGCAAAAUCAUCCACUGUUGAAAAAAGCUACGAAAUGCCAGACGGACAAGUGAUCACAAUUGGAAACGAGCGCUUCCGGUGCGUGGAGACGAUGUUCCAGCCAUCCUUCAUCGGAAUGGAGAACUGUGGAGUUCACGAGGUUCUCUAUAAUUCCGUCAUGAAAAGCGACAUUGACAUCCGGAAGGAUCUGUGGAGCAAUGUGGUUAUGUCUGGUGGGUCGACGAUGUUUCCUGGCAUCGCAGACCGGAUGAAGAAGGAGCUAGACAACAUGGUUCCGAGCGGCAUGAAGGUGAAAGUCAUCGCGCCUCCGGAGCGGAAAUAUUCGGUGUGGAUCGGCGGCUCAAUCCUGUCCUCGUUGUCAACAUUCAGCCAGAUGUGGAUCUCCAAGCAGGAGUACGACGAGUGCGGACCGGGUAUCGUUCACCGGAAGUGCUUUUAAGUUCUAAAGAUAGAGUUUUACAAUAAACCAAGGACUGAAUAAUAUUUAUAGAAGGCAGUUUCAGUUGAAACACCGGAAUGUUAUUUUUCAAAAUAUUCGGAUAUGCACUCCGGGCACUGUAUACAACAAGGAUUGAUUGUUUAUCGUUCUGAACUGGUUUUUCAUAAUUGUACAGAUGACAAUGUAUUUUAUUUUCUCAUGGUAUUUUUUGUAAAAUUGCCUUUCAUGUAUAUAAAUGUUGUUUUUAAUGUUGGGUUUUCAUUAUAUUAUAUAAAUCAUAUCCAUGUUACACUAUUGAAUAUAAUUGUUGCAUUUUAGGAUGUUAUUAGAGUUAUUCAUUUUAAAGGACGCACGUAUAUUGUGAGAGCUAAUUUAUACAUAUGUUUGAGUUUUCU